AUGAAUAAAGCCUUUAGCCAACAGGCCGAGGGCAGAGCAGCGGAGGUACAGAUAAGGUUUACUUCACAUUUCGCAGCUCUCCUUCUCACUUUAGCGCCUGCGUUUUCGGAGCAAACGCCCUUCAAAGGCAGCGCAAAAGCAGGCGAGCGCAGAGAACAGACGCGUCCCUCCCGGACGCCCGCCAGCUUGGACAAAUGGCACUGCGAGUCCACGCUCAGCAGCGAUUGGCAGAUUGCUACUUUGGCUUUACUCUUGGGCGGUGCGGCCAUCAUUCUCAUUGCGUUCCUGGUGGGUCUGAUUUCUAUCUGCGUGGGAUCUCGGAGGCGCUUCUACAGACCUGUUGCCGUCAUGCUUUUUGCAGCAGUUGUUUUACAGGUCUGCAGCCUGGUCCUUUACCCAAUCAAGUUCAUUGAAACUGUGAGCUUGAAAAUUUACCAUGAGUUCAAUUGGGGUUAUGGUCUGGCCUGGGGUGCAACUAUAUUUUCGUUUGGGGGUGCCAUCCUUUAUUGCCUGAACCCUAAGAACUAUGAAGACUACUACUAGAACCAAUAGUCUCAAAUUAAAAACAACAACAACAACAAAAACAACCAUCCAACAACAGGAUUACGUCUGCAUCUUUUCUAAUUCACUGUUUUCUAAAACACUUGUGGAGCAUCAAGCAGUUUGCUCAGUUGAUUUAAUAUCUUUUGCCUUUUGGCUGUCAACAUCAUAACCAGCUUUUACAUCCAUUUUAGGGACCUGCACAAAUUAAGAGAGCUGAUUAGACAUAGGCAAAUGCUGCAAACUUUCAAUAUGUUCAUGUCAUUUUUCUUGACAAGUGAAGGGUCUAUAUGACAGCAACCAUUGUGAGAAACUAGUUGGAAUGAGGAUUGCCUGAAUCUCCUAUUGCCUGCAGGGGAACAGCUGGCAUAAGCAACAUUUAGAAGUUCCUUUGCACUGACAAGGAUUCCACUGUUAGAGCCCUUAUUGCCUGCUUAUCCCAACCAAUGACUACAUUGGCUGUUGGUUAUUUGCUUGAGUGAGCUCUUGAAAAGUGAACUGCCCUUCAGCAUCUAAUGGGAAUUGUGAAUGUAACUGGUUAAUGGUACACAUUCCACUUUAAAGAAUACUCUCCUUAAUGGGAGGUUAUGCUUUGGCAAUCAGCAUCUCCCUGGGAAGGGAGUCAAGACUUGGUAACUUGCUUUUUCUGACGUGGUUAGACAUUGUGCCUCAGCCCUAUCUAAAAUGGGGGAAAAUCGAAGGUCUCUCCUUUCCCUUGGGCAACCAGAAAGAAAUAUGCAUGAGUUGCUUUUGUACCCUUUAAAUCAUUUACCAAACAUUGCAGCAAAAAUUGUGCAUAUGUAACAAGCUUAAAUAUUUUUAUAGAAGGUGAAUCAUCAGUAUAAAUGGUAAUAAGUUGCUCCCUAACCCUCCACAUACGUUUGCCUAUUACACAUAAAAUUAAUAUUUGCUCUAGUGAAGUGGUUUGAACACUUAACCUUGUACACGUUGUUAAGAGGCUUAGAUUGGUAUUCACACUUAUUUACCGUACAAAAGUACAUAUAUCCUAAAGCUUUUGCUCUAUGUUCUCUACUGUUUCACUGGAAAGUGUUAAAUAGAAUCACCUAAGAAGAAAAAUUGAAAUGGUGUUAAUCUGAAAAUUAAUGAUUCUUUUGUAAGCACUGUAGUUCAAAAGAGAGUAGCAUUUAGCAUAAUUGUUUUGUGUAAAAUUCAUUAAAAUAGAAGGCUGCUAUUUUUUGCAAGUAUUUUGAAUGUCUUCAUUUUAAAAAAAAGGACUAGCGAUAGAUUUAUAUAAAUGUCUAAAUGUUUCAGUAAAGGAGUAGAAUUCAUCUCGUUAUCACCUGGUCCUCUGAAGUUAACUGAUGGUCUAACUGACUUGUGGGCACAAUUAUGAUAGAUUUAUGUUGAGGAAAUCAUUUACUGACUGUUCAAAAGAAAGAAAUACCAAUAAUAGGGAAUAAGUUUGCAAUUAAUCACACAUUGCAAACUUGUGUUAAUUCUGUUUAAUAUACAAAUUUGGAGAGUUUAAUUAUAAACAUAUUUUUAUAUCAAAUAUACAGUACAAAUAUAAAAGUUAUAAAUAAUUAUUUUUGUUAAGAAUGACACUAAAAUAGUAUGUUCUGGUUUGGGCCCUCUUGCAGAAAGAAGCCUUGGGAAAAAAUCAUUUAAAACAUACCUAUGUGCUAUUGCAUUACAAAAUCCAUUAAGAGCAGGACCACAUCAAUGGUAUUUAAUAAUUUGCUUUACCUCUCAAAGCAGAAGUUCUGCUUUCAGCUUGUCUUAAAAAUAAUUGCCAAAAACAUCAGCCAAAAAAUGGGAAAGAAAGAAAAACUAUUUUAUUAUUCCAAUGCUAAGGGGAAAAAAAUCCACUCAUCUUAUGAAUUUUCUAUAGAAUCACAAAGUAAAUAUGAAGCACCAGGCUUAUUUUGAUCUUAGCAAUGAUAGACAAAUAUGAUUAAAUGCGUCCUAGAGAGAAACCUUUAUUCAAGUAUAUGAUUCUGUAAAGGAUCAUAAGAAACUCUGAGUCCAAAUUUUCCAAAAAGACAUUAAUAUAACAUUAUAGAAUCUUUUGAAGCAAUUUUCUUGAGAAAUAGUAAAAUCUGGGACAGCCUGGCUUACAGUUAAUUGCAUAUUGUCAGAGCAGCAUGAGAAAUACGAUAUUUGGAUAGUGAUUUUGGCUACUAAACACCAUCUAUUGUGAGACGAUCUCUGUUUCUGAAUAAUGAAAGAGCAGUAUUUUGGUGCUGACAUCAAUAAGGCACUUUUCUCAGUCCUAGUAGAGGAUGCAGUGUGCUGUUAGACCGAUAUUACAUCUCGAGUCCUAUCAAGUGUUCAUUCUCUGUCAAUGUGACAAGCUGGAAAAUGACAGAAUAUGUUAUAGGUGGAGGCACACAUAUUUGCAGUUUACUGAAAAGUAGAUUCCUCAUAUAACUCAUUUUCUUUCCCAGUGAAGAGCUCUAUGCUAUAUUUCUACUAUCACCAAUAUUUGGAAGCGUUUCAUUAAUAACAAGCUCAGUACAACCUGAAAAUUGUUGUUCAUGCAAAAUACUAUUUUGUUUAUCAGGACACGAGUGAAAUUUUCACCCACAUAAUCUUAUGGCUUUGCAGCUUUAGGUUUGUUUGAUGUUUUCUUAAGCAAAAUUGUUAACCACAGACCUAUUGUUUAUCUUAGAGAGAUAGAGAGAGAGAGAGACACACACACAGCAUACAGUACUCAGCAGGGCUAGUUAUUUGGAUUUCUUGCACAACUAUUAGCUUUUUAUAAGUUCAACGUGUAAAUUUUAAAGACAUAAAUAUAGAGAGACCUAUGUGUUUGAAAUAUAAAUGAUAUAUAUGGAUUAGCAUGUACCUGUAUAUUAUUAAACAUGCAAUGAACUGACUGGUAAGUGACGUCUAAUUGUAUGGCUAGCACUGUAAUUUAUUCAGACUGUAUUUUUGUACAGAGCAGCGUACACUAACCUAUGCCUCUGUGUCCUCUUUAAUGCCUAAAACUGUGCCUAGAAAUUUCAUCUGUCUUAAAAAAAUAAAUAUACUUCAUGCUGUUUAUGCUAUUAGUUUCUCUACUGCUAUUCUGUAUUUAUUAUUUCUAAAUACAUGACAUGUUUACUAUUUAAAUA